AUGCCGAUAGAGAUCCUCCUCAUGAUCAUCUCCCACAUUCCCGACGCGCUCACUCCGGACACCAUGUCUAAUUUUCGGCGCGCAUGGCACAUCGACGUGCACGACAUAAGGAUGCUCAUGCCAAUCUCCCAGACAUGCAGGCAACUCCGGACUAUUGCCCUCGAUUCUCCUUCGUUGUGGACGAGCGUCGGAAGCUGGUCCCCUCCACUUUCCCAGCUAUUCGCACAAAGGAGCCGAGGUCUUACUCUGAAAACCUUUUUGCCAAACCCUACACUCUAUGCCGACGACCUCCCAUCCAAUGACACCGCUAAAGAUCAUUUGCUGAGGGUCCGGGAGCUAGACCUUGGCAAUCUGGAGAGGUCGACACCAGCCCUAGAACAUCUAUUUUCUCUCCCCCUGCCGAACCUCGAGAUACUCUCCGUACAAUUCGUGGAGGUGGCCCAGCCCGAGGACGCUGACGAAAGCGGCCAAUAUCUCUUCGAGCUGCCCCUCGCACAAGAACGCCUCCCACGACUUCGCCGCCUCUAUCUCGGUGCAUGCGAUCUGGCUUCAUACGACACGCUCCUGUCCUCCCUCACGCACCUAGCACUACACGUCAUCAUCGUACCGCUUGUCCAUGCGAUGAUCGAAGCCAUUUUGCCGGAAUGCCACUCUCUCCAGUCGCUGCACCUCGAAGAGAUGGAAGACCAGGGAGAUUUAUUCGAGCCUUCGGGCGAACACCGCCGCCUCCCGACGGUGUCUGUCGUACCGUCGUGCGGCGGCCUGCGCAGAGUCUCGCUGCUGUCCAUGUACAACCGGCUUGCGUUCUUCAUUCUCUCCCUUGUGCUGGGCGACCAGCCGCAGCUCGCAGUGCAGCUGCACAAGAUCUAUCCGGAUUCCGACCGUUCGAUCACGAUGCACCACCAUAGGCUACUCAAAAACCCCUCGCAGGUCGUCAUCGGCAGGUACCCGCAACCUGCGGAGAGGGUCCCUGGCGGCCCGUAUGUAUGGGGCAUGACCGCGUCCGGCUCUGAUCAGCGUACGCUCCGCAUGGUCGGCGAAACCCUGGACGAGGUCGCCGGCAUACUACGCGAAGGUGGCGCCGCGGCGCUCGCGAACGUGCGCGAGCUGUGGCUCACCGACGUCUCUCCCGCCAUAUGCGACGUACCAGGCAUGCUGCCCUCCGCCGACGUCGCCGCGCUGUCGACCCUCAUCAAGCGCAUGCCCGCGCUCGAAACCGUCACGCUCGUCAACCAGUUCCAGGCGCCGUGGACAGGCUCGUCCCCAAGCCUCCGUCUGCUCCCUAGCGUCCACGAAGACGCUGUAUCCGUGCCUCGCCCCACAACGGUGCGCAUCGCGUACGUAUACGGACCGCACGUCCUCAAUCUGUGGUCCUCGCGCCCCGAUCCGACGCCCGCUGUGCACCCGCUGUACCUCACACGCAUACUCGAGGAGCUUUCGUCGGGCGCGUACGGCUAUAUUCGACACCUCGUGCUGGAGACCCCGUCUCAUGUCGCCGUCGAUGCGGGAGACGUCGACGGGCUCCGCGCGCACUGCGAAGUGGUGGAGGUGAGAGUAGUGGACGAAACACCAACGAUUGCGCUCCCGGCGUACUGUAAUGAGCCCGCCGCGUGGCCGAGCAAUGAGCCGUGGCCCUACAGGCUCUGGCCCGGGUGA